AUGGCGGUGGAAGCGAGGAUGAUGCGGCGGGCGAUCCGCAUCUGGGGGGAGAGCGGGAAGUGGAUGAAGUGGGCGAGGACGAUGGAGGGGCUAAUGCGCUCGAGGAGGGAAAGAUCCACCUUGUCCUGGGGGCUCCGGGUAUGGGGAAAACGGCUGAGACUGGCGGUACGAAGCAGCUUUCAUCUGCGAUCUCAUCGUCUUCGUUUGCUGGGUAGAACGCUGAACAGUCUGCGCAAUCAUGCCAUAGAGCAGGCAAGGUCAAGCCAUGCAGCUCGAUUGAACAGCUCGAGGAAGUCUCAGGAGCAAGUGCAGCAAAGUCUGCAGGAGAUGGAAUACGUAAAGGCAGAAAACGACAUCCUUAAAGCGAAAAUGAAGUCUCAAAGCACAGAGUGCCAAGCGUUGGAAACCAACGUGACGAGUUUGAAGAAGCAAGUCAUGCAGCUGAAUCUCAAGACUUUGAGCACGAAAGAAAAACUUUCGAGUAUGAGCAAAGACAUCAAACGAGCACGGAGAACUUUUGGCUUAGAUAUGAACCGUUUGAUUGGCGAGAGCAUUGAAACCAUUGACGUUUCCCUGGAGAUUGUCAGUGUGCAGAGCACUCAAAGUAAGAUGUUGAACGAUCGAUAUCUCUCUCUACUCCAGAGUGUUGAGAGCCAGUAUGAUAUCGUUGAGGAGAUGUGGAAAAGACUUGUACUAGUUACCCCGAAGUUGGGUCUAUCGCAGCCGUCUGCCGUUCCCGUCUCAGAUACAAUGGAAGACAAGACGAGCAGGUUGAAGGAGGUGCGAGACAUGACCUAUGAUAGCAUUGAGAUGCUCGAGUCUCUGACAAGCAAGAAUAAGCAUCUACAGCAAAUGGUUUCGGGGAACGAGGAAGUGUUUGCUUCCAUGCAGGCGCACAUAGACGAUCUGAAGAAUCAGAUCAAGUUCAUCGAGUCCGAGCGAGAGACCCUUGCAGGGAGAGAGGAGUGGAGGUCGCGCCAUGAGGAGGAGGACGAAAUGAGACGGUGUGCACUGGAAAGGCAAGUGAACGACUCAACGACGAAGUUGCGGUGCAUCAUGACUGAGAACGACGAGCUGAAGAGACUGAUAGCUGACAUGAAAAAUCGGCAAGACCUCCAUGAGAGAAAUUGCGAGGAAAUGGCUGAGAUUGUGAAGAGGAAGCUGCAACAUGCGCACGAGAUGGAGAAGGAGAGGAUUGAGCACGCGCACCGAGCAAGUCUCGGGGAGAAAGACAAAGUCAUCAUGGCGUUGCGAGAGAAGCUGCUGAUUGCAGAGACAUCGUUGAGAUGCUCGACCCAUGAUCCCCGGGUGAUGGAGGAAAGCGAGAGCGGCGAUGAAAAUGGAGAGUUCGACCAAGAGGGCUCGAAACAAGGAGAGGAGGAGGAGCAGGAGUUGGCCAUGGGUGGUCAAGCUCAUAUUGGUCUGGAGAUCGCGGACAGCAGGACAAUGCCAGGGAACGCGUACGUGCUGAGAGUGGUGGACUUGAUGGACAGAGAGGGGAGGAGGCAGGGGAGCGAAGGGUAUGACAACGAGGAAGUCAAAGUCAACGACGAGCUGCUAGAGGUCGAUGACAUUCAAGUCCGAAACCUUUCGGCCCGGCAAGUCCGCGAGACUCUUUGCGGGGACUCAAACACCCUUGUCAAGUUGCGACUAAGACGUCCAGCUGAAUCGUUGGAGUUCUCAGUGCUGGUCAAAAGACACGUCGGAGGCUCUCUUCUGCAAGGCUCUUGCCGCGAAGGCUCUGGAGCCUUGAAGCUGCGUCUGCUGGCGGCAGAGCUGGAGGGGGAGAAGAAGAAGCACAAGAGGACUCAAGGGGAGCUGAGGGAGCUGAAGGCGGACUAUCAGAGCGCCUCCUCCUCCUACCAGCAGCUGCUUCAGACCAUCGAGAGGAAAUUCAAUGUCUCCUCCCUUCUCCUCCCUGAACAGCCGUCCUCUCCUCGUCCCUCCUCCUCCUCCUCCUCCUCCUCCUCCUCCCAGCCCUCGCGCAGUGUCAUCGUAAGGAAGAUGGAGGAGGUCAAGCAGACUCUGUCAUCCCUGCCGCAGUCUCUCGAUCUGGUGAACCUCAGCUGGACCAAGAGCGAGCUCAGCGCGUGCCAGGAGCGGCUCACAGCCAUUCUCGGCGACUACAAGAAGCACAAGGAGGAGGCCCAGGCAGAGACGAGGAGGCUGACGGCGAAGCUCGCCAAGAGUGAGGAGGAGAGGGAGGAGGCGAGGAGCUCGCUGAACAAGGCCUGGAGCAGUCUUGAAGUCCUGGAAAGGAAGCACACGGAGCUGGGGAAGGAGCACGCGAAAUGUCUGCGUGAGAGGAAGGAAGCGACCGAGGAGGUGGAAAGUCUGCGGCAGGAGUCCGCGAGACUGGAAGAGGAGGUGGAGAAGUGGAGGGCGAGGACGAUGAGUCUGAUGGAGGACAAGGAGGGCAGACUGGAGCAGACAGAGAGGCUGAAGCAGCAACGAGAUGAGGCGCAACGAAGUUUGAGAUUCUCCUUCCUCAAGAUCGACAAGUGUCAGGAGUUUGUCGUCAAGGAGCGAGAGCGAUGGCUGCUCAUGAGCGUCUUCGAGGAGUUCUGGCUCAAGACUUGCUCUCCUCUCGAGAAGUUUGUCGCUCGUUCCGCCGCCAACAACUCGAGGCUGCAGCGAGAACUUCUCGUCCUCUCCGACCGACGCAAGUCAGCCGAGGAGGAGGCCCUCAGGCUCCAAGAGCAGGUCGUCGCCCUCCAGCACGAGCAGGUGACUUGUCAGCUGUCCAGGAGAGAAACUUGCGUGUUUCUUCAGGGCCUCUGCAUCCAACUCGCUGCUCUCAAGCAGCUCCCCCUCCUCCUCCUCGAGCUUCUUGCAUCUCUCUGCGCUGAUGUCGCAAGGCUAGUCGAAGCGGAGGAGGAAGAGAGAAUCAAAAGGCAGGCAGGAAAUAGAGGAGGAGGAGGAGGAGGAGGAGGAGGAGGAGGAGGAGGAGGAGGAGGAGGAGGAGAUCUGCUGCAAGGACUAUCGCAGGCAGAGGGCAAGGUCAGCAAGCUCCUUGCAACAGUCUCGGUCCUGCAGUACGAGUGGAGGAUGCAGCAUGAGCGAUGGAGCAGCACCAGCCGGCAGUUUGCUGAGGAUGUGCAAAGAGACGUUGCUGCUUGUUGCGCGAGUGUGCGCGAUCUAGCGGAGGAGGCGGCGAAGAGAAGACGGAGAGAGGAGGAGGCGGCGGAGGCGAUGAGGAGGAUGCAGGAGCAUCUGGAAGUCUCCGAGCUUCGCUUGUCGUCCUCACAAGAUCGCUUGUCCUGCCUCUCUGAGAGCCUCGAGCACUACAAGAAGUUGUUCGCGCACUCCAAGCUUGAGCUCCAGCAUAGCAGUCAGGACAUUCAGACCCUCCGCUCCUCCAUUGCUGAACUGCGCGAGGAGGAGAAGGUUUCCUCGCGCGUGAAGGAAGAGCAGAGCAGGGAGCUUCUCGUCUUGCGCGGGUCAAACGCCUCUGUCCUUGCCCGGUAUCAGGCGAUCAAGCAGGAGGUUGAGAGGAGCCUUCGCUCCAUGCUGCCCCUCUUGUUCGACAGUCUGCAAGACAUACAGGGGACACGGCAGGAGACGAGUCGUGAAGAGGAGGAGGAAGAGGAGAAGACUCGCUAUGUCACUCAGGGUUGUCUUGAUCAAACUGACAGCAUCCUCGUCCUCCUGGAGAAUGUGCGAGGGAUUGGGCUUGUGUUGCAUCAGGAGAACUCAAAGCUCAAGCACAGCAAUGACAAACUCACGGCGCACAACAGGAAGCUCAGGAGUGUUGUGGAUGCUGUUGGCAACGUGGGGAGAAGCUACGGUGACAAACUCAGCUCACAGAUCCCGCGGGUCGAAGGAGCAGGAGAGGACAAGUGA